GGCCCCUGCAACCCAGGGGAGGGUCCCCCUGGCGAAAGCGGGGCGGGGUGCCCUGGGAACCUCGGACCAAGCUGGGGCAGAGGGCACCGAGCCGGGGCUGGACGCGGGCAUUCUGGAGGCGGGCGAGUCCCCCCGCCAGGCUGCUGAGAUUGGCCGCGGGCAGGAUUUCGGGAGACGCGGGCGAAGGCCUCCACGGGCUCCAGCGACCCCUCCGCCAUGCGCCCACUCUCCUACCCUCCCAACUGAGGGGGCUCUAAGCUCCGCAGGUCAUCUCCUCCAUCCUGGGCAUCUUUUCGCCUCUCUUUUUUGGCAGGAUCCCAAAUGCCAGUAUUGUAGCUUCCGGAACCCAAUGCCCUCCGGGCCAGCGCCCCCAGUGGGGCUCUGGGAAGCUCUCGCCCCGCCCCGCUCCGCGCCGGGGCCCCAGGGAGGGGCGGAGCAGCCCUUCCUUAGGGAAUGCAACCCUGUCCCCUGGGUGCCCAGGCCCCGCCGCGUUGCCGGGAGGCUGCAAACCCGCCGCCCCGGGGGAGCGCGGUGGGAAAAAGCUCCUCCCGGGCCGCGCUCCACUGCGCACGCAGUCCUCAUGCGGCUCUCUUUUCCUGGUUUCCACCCGCGCCAGGUGAUACGCAGAGCCGAGACCAUGGCCCAUCAGGUGCUCUACCGGGCGCUGGUCUCCACCAAGUGGCUGGCGGAGUCGGUUCGGGCUGGCAAGCUGGGGCCCGGCCUGCGGGUGCUGGACGCGUCCUGGUACUCGCCGGGCACCCGCGAGGCCCGCAAGGAGUACUUGGAGCGUCAUGUGCCCGGCGCCUCCUUCUUUGAUAUAGAGGAGUGCCGGAACGCGGCGUCGCCCUACGAGAUGAUGCUGCCCAGCGAAUCCGACUUCGCCGACUACGUGGGGCGCCUGGGCAUCAGCAACCAGACGCACGUGGUGGUGUAUGAUGGUGACAACCUGGGCUGCUUCUACGCGCCGCGGGUCUGGUGGAUGUUCCGGGUGUUCGGUCACCGCACCGUGUCAGUGCUCAAUGGCGGCUUCCGGAACUGGCUGAAGGAGGGCCACCCCGUGACAUCUGAGCCCUCGCGCCCAGAGCCGGCCAACUUCAAAGCCACUCUGGACCGCUCCCUGCUCAAGACCUACGAGCAGGUGCUGGAGAACCUUGAGUCUAAGAGGUUUCAGUUGGUGGACGCCAGGUCCCAAGGACGGUACCUGGGCACCGAGCCAGAACCAGAUGCAGUAGGACUGGAAUCCGGCCACAUCCGAGGCUCCCUCAACAUGCCGUUCAUGGACUUCUUGACCGAGGACGGCUUCGAGAAGAGCCCGGAGGAGCUGCGCUCCAUGUUCGAGGCCAAGAAGGUGAACCUGGCACAGCCCCUCAUCGCCACGUGCCGGAAGGGAGUCACCGCCUGCCACAUCGCCCUGGCCGCCUACCUCUGCGGCAAGCCCGACGUGGCCGUCUACGACGGCUCCUGGUUCGAGUGGUUCCACCGGGCACCCCCGGAGACCCGUGUGUCCCAGGGGCAGCGUGGGAAGGCCUGAGCGCCAGGGCUCCUCGCCGCCUGCAGCCCCCCGUCCUCUUGGUGACCGCGGUCUGACAUCCGCGUACCUCUUCCACCAAGGAGACCACCUAGGUUUUAGGACCGUGUGCAAAGCUCUCCUUUGCCCCCAGACACUGGAAUAAACUGUUUUUUUUUUCUGA